GGCGCGAGAUGACUUUAAAUAUCUCAAUUGCGCGCUCUUAGCAUCAGAGAGUCGCCACAGCGAGGUGUGGUAGGCAAUUGAGUUUUGUGCUCAGACUGGAAAGGAAAAUAUGUCGUACACCAAGUUUGUUUCGGCUCUUGUGAGGGCAAACUCGGGCAAUGUCAACAAACUACGCCUUUCUUCUGGAAGAUGUCGGUCGACGGUGGCAUCCACCAAGACCCAAGAAGAGAAAGAUCAACUGGAUGGGUGCACCAUGGUGGAAGCUGUGCCGGUUGAACUCAUCAGCCAGACCAAAAACAUCGCAAGUGCGCAGUUAAAUGAAAUCCACGUUGAUUUCGACAACACACAGGAAGCCUACAAGAGCAAAGGUAAUAUUGAGCUGCUCCGAAGUCUGCUGGUCUUCAAGCUUUGUACAAUUGACGUCCUCGUUGAAAAGAACAAAGAGUUGAUGGAGCUGAGCAAGAAGUUUUUUGGUCAGUGGAUGUUCGAGAAGAUGAUGAAGAUGACCUUCUAUGGUCAGUUUGUGGCAGGGGAAGACCACAAUGCCAUCAAACCUUUAAUUCAGAAGAAUCAGGCCUUUGGUGUUGGGGCAGUUUUGGACUACAGUGUUGAAGAAGACUUGACACAAGAGGAAGCUGAGAAAAAAGAAAUGGAUUCAUGUGUUUCUGAAGCAGAGAAAGAAAGUCCAGAUGCUGAUCACCGUGAGAAGAAGUACAAGGCCCAUCGCCAGUUUGGGGACAGGCGUGGAGGCGUUAUUAGUGCUCGUACCUACUUCUACGCAGAUGAGUCCAAAUGUGACAACCAAAUGGAGACAUUCAUAAACUGCAUCAAAGCCUCUGGGGGAGCCUCUGCGGACGGGUUCUCUGCCAUCAAAAUGACUGCGCUCGGACGCCCUCAGUUCCUUCUCCAGUUUUCAGAAGUUCUUGUUAAGUGGAGGCGCUUCUUCAACUUCCUUGCAGCACAGCAGGGGAAAUCCGAAAUGAUGGUUCUGGAACAAAAACUGGAGCUGGAACAGCUGAAGGAAAGUUUGACUAAACUGGGUGUUGGAGCCAUGGAUGACAUUGAGAACUGGUUUACUGGAGAGAAGCUGGGUUUGUCUGGGACAAUAGAUCUGCUCGACUGGAACAGUUUGAUAAACGAUACAACAAGAAUCUCCAAUCUGCUGAUGGUGCCAAACCUCGAGACAGGCCAGCUGGAACCUUUGCUGAAUAUGUUUACUGCUGAGGAGGAGAGGCAAAUGAAGAGGAUGCUGCAGCGAGUGGACAUUCUGGCAAAGCAUGCUGUGGAGAAUGGGGUUAGGCUAAUGGUGGACGCCGAGCAGACGUACUUCCAGCCAGCUAUUAGUCGACUGACCCUGGAAAUGCAGAGGAAAUUCAACAGAGAGAAGCCAAUCAUUUUCAACACUUACCAGUGUUACCUCAAGGAAGCCUAUGACAAUGUAACUGUGGACAUUGAACUGUCACGCCGGGAGGGCUGGUACUUCGGUGCCAAACUGGUUCGUGGAGCCUACAUGUACCAAGAGAGAGACAGGGCCAAAGAGAUCGGCUACGAAGACCCAAUAAACCCAGACUACGAGGCCACUAACAGGAUGUAUCACAAGUGUUUGGAGUAUGUGCUGGAGGAGAUCGAACACAGCAGGAAAGCAAAUAUUAUGGUUGCAACUCACAACGAGGACACAGUGAAAUUUACCCUAGGAAAGAUGAAUGAAAUGGGCCUUUCACCCACUGAGAAUAAGGUUUACUUUGGACAGCUGCUGGGAAUGUGUGACCAGAUCAGCUUCCCGCUAGGUCAAGCAGGUUUCCCUGUCUAUAAGUAUGUCCCAUAUGGCCCAGUGAAUGAGGUCAUUCCUUAUCUGUCUCGCCGUGCUCAAGAAAACCGUGGCUUCAUGAAGGGAUCCCAGAGAGAGCGAAGCCUGCUGUGGAGGGAGCUGAAACGCAGGCUGCUGAGUGGUCAGAUUUUCUACAAGCCUGUCUACUAACUCAGAGCACCUCAACCUAAUAACUGCAGUGUAAGCAUUCCAAUGUUUUUACUGUACUACCUGCUAGCUGCUCUUUGUAGAGGAAGAAUUAUGUCCUUUCUGCACAGUGUGGAGCAAACUUGUUUUAAGUGUGGUAUUGUUUUUGA